UAGAUCAUUAGUUAUUCGCACGUGUGAACAACUCUCUAUUAAUUAGCACGGCAUUUUAUGCGAGGAACGAGCAAACAAGCGAAAGCGAUGAGAUAGAGAUUCCUUCUACGGCCGGAAUAUUCCUGAUUUUCAGGCACAACAUAAUCUGGGAUCUUGAUAAGAAGCCAUCAUUGUUGUGUUGUCAUGCCGUACCUUGUCCGUGAGCAUCUGUUUAUUGGAAACAUAGGCGAUGCAGCAGAGGUUCUACAAAAUGGAAGCAAUGAAAUCACACAUAUUCUAUCAGUUUUGAGCAGUGCAUCGAUAUCUUUUUUCUCAGAAUGGCGUAGAAGUCUCACAAUCCCCACCAAGGAGAUUAAGAAGGUUUAUGUUGGUGAAGCCGGUGGUGAUGGUUCAAGCACCAAGGACAAUACAGGUGAUGUGUCAAAGAGUUCUUUGUCUCGUGAGAAGCUCUUGUAUCUGUUGGAAUAUGCUGGUAAGGAUCUGAAGCUGGUGAGAAUGGCAGUGCCCAUUAGAGAUAUGGAAGGUGAGAAUUUGUUGGAUUAUUUGGAUGUAUGUUUGGAUUUCAUUGAUCGAAGUAGAAAGGAGGGAUCCGUUUUGGUGCAUUGCUUUGCUGGUGUGUCAAGGAGUGCAGCUAUCAUUACAGCAUAUCUGAUGAGAACUGAACAGCUAUCUUCAGAAGAUGCACUUGAAUCACUACGACAGAGCUGUGAGUUUGUUUGUCCUAAUGAUGGAUUUUUAGAACAGUUGAAGAUGUUUGAGGAAAUGGGUUUCAAAAUUGAUCAUGCUAGCCCCAUUUACAAGCGAUUUCGUCUGAAAGUAUUAGGUGAUUCUUAUAACCGUGGUGAGAAAAUCGAUGGUUCCAGAUUUGGGGCUGAUCCUGGCUUGCCUGCAGAAGUUUCCUCUGUAGAAUUAACCCCAAAUGGAGAUAAUCAUACCCGGGCAUAUCGCUGCAAGAAAUGCCGUAGAGUUGUUGCAUUGCAGGAGAAUGUUGUUGAGCAUGUUCCAGGUGAGGGUGAGACAGCCUUUGAGUGGCACAAGCGGAGUUUUUCCAACUGUUUUAACAAGUCUGACGAGUCUGAGUGUUCUUCUAUAUUUGUUGAACCGCUUCGGUGGAUGACAACAGAUAGGAUUUACCCUUUUGGAAAAAUUUUCUUGUGAUUCAGUUGAAGAUGGUGCAUUGGAGGGCAAGUUGUCAUGUGUUCAUUGUGAAGCACGCUUGGGUUACUUCAAUUGGUCAGGGAUACAAUGCAGUUGUGGAAGCUGGAUCACCCCUGCUUUUCAGCUGCAUAAGAGCCGUGUUGACAUCAGCACUGUCUGAUGCAUGCAGCAUGCCUGUGGAAGGAAAAGAGAGGCAUGACAGUUGAGUGCCCAAUACUUUUCCAUUUGUAAUGCCAUUUAUACAGUCAUAUAACGUCCAUGUUGACCCUCAAAAGUAGAGAAAGGAAGCCCUCGGAGUACUAUAUUUUCUUAUCUUUUGCACCUCGAUUUCACAGUUUGCUGAUGGAGAUUGAAUUGUGGAUAUUUGGCUUUGAUUGUAUGCACUCGAUAUUACCAUUAUGAAGCUUCUCUGUUCGUGGCGCAA